CCACUCCCUCCCCUCUGCUGGUUGCUACACGUCCGCUUCCGGUUUGGUUGCCAGGGACAGCAGAAUCUGAUUCCUCUGACAUCAUGCCAUUCCUCCAUGGUUUUCGGAGGAUUAUCUUUGAAUAUCAACCUCUGGUGGAUGAGAUCCUCAGAGCCGUGGGCAUCCGUGACCCAGAGCAGCCAGAGGUCAGCGUCGCUAGUGAAAGCUACCUGGUGGGAGAUGGUGACAGGUUUGCAGCUCUGAAUGAAUUGCUUGAAAAACUUUCCCAGUCUGCAUUUUACAAGGAGGGUGUGAGCUGUUCACUGUUGAAGGUGGCUGAGCUAGGGUCUGUACCUGCAGCUGCAAUCCUCCUACAGAAUGGUGCGGAUCUCAGCUUUGAAGAUCCUGUAACAUAUUACACAGCUUUGCAUAUUGCUGUCCUCCGGAACCAGCCAGACAUGGUGGAGCUGCUAAUACAGAGCGGAGCUGAUAUUAACAAAAGGGACAGGAUCCACGAAAGCAGCCCUUUGGAUUUGGCUAGUGAGGAACCAGAGCGGCUUCCGUGUUUACAGAGGCUACUCCAACUUGGCGCGGAUGUAAACGCAGCUGAUAGAAAUGGAAAAACUGCAUUAUUGCAUGCGUUGGCCAGUAGCGAUGGAGUUCAAAUACACAAUAUUGAAAAUAUCCGGCUACUGCUGGAGGGAGGAUCUGAUGUGAAGGCCACCACAAAGGAUUACGAUACCGUAUUCACUUGCAUUAUAUUCUUAUUGGGAGAGACUGUAGGUUCUGACAUAGAGGAAGCCAAACUCAUCAAUCAUUUCUGUUUUCGAGUAACUCAGCUCCUGAUGGCUCACGGGGCAGAUCCCAGCGAUUGUCCGUCACAUGAGUCUCUCACUCACACAUGCCUGAAGAAUUUCAAGAUCCACUUUCCACUGCUGCGUUUCCUGUUGGAAUCAGGGGCUUCUUACAAUUGCUCUCAACACGGCCCUUCGUGCUGGUCUGGCUGCCACAUAGUCUUGGACAGAUUGUGUAGUUACCUUGGCAGCUGCGAGGACUGCGAUUCAGUGGACCUGCUGCAAAAAGCAGAAUGUGCAUUGGACCUUAUGGUAGCACAUUCUCCCCACAUCAAACUCCCCAGAAACUUUGAAAUAAACACAGCGAGUUGUAAAAAUCAUGCUGAGAAAGUGACCGCUUUGCAACAUUCCCUAAAACAAAUGGAGCAGUCUUUCCCUACACUGAAACACUUGUGUAGGGUGUACAUUCGGCAGAGGCUCUGGCCCUGGCCCGUUGAUGUCAAAGUAAAAGCCCUACCCCUUCCAGACCGACUAAAAUGGUAUCUUCUCCUCAACCACACAGCUUCCUGUUCAAAUGAGGAAGAUUUGUAAAUUGAAAGGAACACAUCAAUCAUUGUUCUGUAACUCAUCACUGUCAAUAUAUUCUUGCCCUUACCUAUACCCACUGGCAUUUGCAAACAAGUUGCCUAGCUGUAACAUAAAAAAUAAUCUGUGCAUGUGUCUGCCACUUUUCAAAUCCAAAACAGAAGAGGAUAAAAUAAACUAUUCCAAUAAACCUCUACCCUGGGAGUAAAGUU